AUGGUUUUCAUCGUUGGUCACUCCCUGCCGAUUCGGCCUCUCACCGAGCAGGAGAGACUUGAUCGUUUUGAGGACCAAAAGGCGCUCUACGAUGGUGUUUCCCUCUUCCUCGAGAAGCGUGGCCCCAAGCCUCUGGAGACCAGCAUGUACGCUCCUGGUAACUACGUCCCUGUCAAGCACGCUACUGGCCUCUCCGCUGCUCGCCGCUUUGGCCGUUUCCUGAAGAACAAGCAUCUCCAGCACCUCAAGAAGAAUGGCCAGCACUACGUCAACAUUGCCAAGGACUUCACUGGCAAGGACAUCGCUAUCAAGGACAUCGCUAUCAAGGACAUCGCUAUCAAGGACACUGCUACCGAGAGCAACAUCGCAAACAAGGAUGAGGCUAGUGUUCCUUUCGUCGCAACUGUCCAGGACCUUACCAAGUCGGCCGCCACCACUCCCAAGGGCCCCUCUCGCAUCAACCCCGAGGCCAAGGAGUUCGUUCCUCGCUCCGUUUCCGCUGGCUCUGACAACGCCAACCAUGGCCUGACUAGCAAUGACGACUUCAUGGAGCAUGUUCGCAGCUACAUGGCCAAGGGCACCUUCACCGAAAAGCACGGUGGUCCCGCUACCAAGAACCGUCGUCCCAUCAAGCCCCGCGACCUUCCUGCCCGUGUCCUGCUUUUCAAGAACGUUCCGGACUGGCUCAACAUCUCCGACAUCUUCGGUCUCGUCUAUGGCGGUGCCGUCGAGCACAUCUUCCGUUCCCACAUGGCUGAGAUCACCGUGAUCUUCUGCGAGGAGGCUACCUGCGCCACUUACCUGGCCGUCCACGCCAAUGGCAUCCGCAUCAAGAAGCCUGGCAGCAUUGACGAGCAUGUCAUCAUGGAUGUUGAGAAGGCUCCCCGUGGUGAGGAGAUCACUUCGGCUAUGCAGAAGAAACUUGCCACUGGUGCCUCCCGCCUGGUCCGGGUUGAUGGAGUCUUCCACGCCGAGAAGUACCAGGCACUGUCCACCCUGGCCAUGCGCUAUGAACUGGAUCACAUCCAGUUCCACUGUGAGAAGGACAAGGCUGUUCCUGCCUUCUUCUUCUUCUGCGGCAUUGCAGACGCUUGGGCUUUCGAGCACAAGCUGAAGGACAGCGAGGAGUGGGAAAACCACACCACCGAGUUCGUGGCUGACCCUUGCAAGGCAGCCACUGGAUUCCACGGCAAUGCCGUUCCCAACGAGAUGGUUGCCGCUGUGGUCGCCGCCGCCGCCUCCUAA